AUGCAACUUUCAUUCCGUUUCGUUCAUUUUAGGUUGUCAUUUUUAGUUCGGGUUGAACUAUGGAUAUAUUCGUAAUAAAUUAUAUUUAAAUGGCUUCAUCAGUGCAAAAUAAUAGAGUGUUACAUUCAGGAUAUUGUGCAUGUUGUCGAACGUGCAAUAUGUGGUGUUGGAGAGCAUUAAAAUGGCUUCCAGUGUUGUUGAUAGUUUCUAUUGUGACAUGGUCCUAUUAUGCAUACGUUAUUCAAUUGUGCAUUUUUACCAUUGAGAGUACAGUGCAACAAUGUGUUUAUCUUGUGCUAUAUCAUAUUUUACUUAUAAUGUUUGCUUGGUCUUAUUGGCGAACGAUAUUUGCGGAUAUAAAACAAAUUCCAGACAAGUACAAAUUACCUGAAGAAGAAUUGGAAAAGUUAUUGAGUGCUGACACUGAAGAAGCACAACGAUCAGUUUUAGAGAACUAUGCUAAAGAUCUUCCAGUUGUCACUAGAACGAUGUCGGGUUCAGUGCGCUACUGCAACCGGUGCGUGCUGGUGAAGCCGGACCGCGCGCACCACUGCAGCAUCUGCGCGCGCUGCGUGCUCAAGAUGGACCACCACUGCCCGUGGGUGAACAACUGCGUGUGCUUCCACAACUAUAAGUUCUUCAUGCUGUUCCUCGGCUACGCGCUCAUGUACUGCAUCUUCAUCAUGUCCACGUGCCUGCCGUACUUCAUACGGUUUUGGAAGAUGUAUCAGGAAUACAAACAUGCCCACUGCGAUCGUCUGAUUGACACCGGCUCAUUUACUAAGCAAUGCAUGGAGAUUAUUGAUGGUGAUUUCGGCGCACCAGGCAGCGCGGGAAGGUACCACAUUGUAUUCGCGUUCUUCGUGGCGCUUAUGUUCGCGAUAUCCCUGGGCUCGCUGUUCGGCUACCACUGUUACUUGGUCACGCACAACAGGACCACUUUAGAAGCGUUCAGAGCGCCGAUGUUCCGCGGCGGCGCUGAUAAGAAUGGCUUCUCGAUCGGCGCAUACAACAACUUCAAGGAGGUGUUCGGGAACAGCCCCAACCUGUGGCUGCUGCCCGUCUUCACGAGUUUGGGCGACGGCAUCGUGUACCCUCUGCCGCAGCAAGACGAGGAUACCGAGUCCUUGCUGAGCUCCGAGCGAUGGGAUCGCUGGGGAGAGAGAGCUCGGCCCUUCGACGAACGCGAGAGCUCCUCGUACGACGAACUUUGAGUAUAGGGAUGGUCACGGUUACGUAAUGCAGGCUUGGUGUACUAUGUGUAGAAUAAGGCAGGUUAUUUGAAAAGUCUUAUAGUCACUCUAAACAUUGAAUUAGUUUUGUGUGGAGAGAAGUUGGAAUGUGUUAUAUUGGGUCACAAAAAUUUUCAGACUAUUUCUUGUGUCCUUUUUUUCGAUUACGAUGAUUUUUUGAACUCAAAUUGAAUGCUGAGGAGUCAAUAUAUUAUUAUACACAGAAUAUGUUUAAUGAGAUCUCUUAUUUUAAUACCAUUGGGUUUGGAAG